ACACUCUUUGGCUAUUCAAGAAACCUUGGUAGCGUCCUCGUAUACACUGAAACUCUGAUGGGAAAAUAGAAAUUUUGAGAGACCCAAUUUUCAGUAUAGAAUAACAAUAAGAAUGGUGUAUUCAUCAUUUCGAGCUUUUGGUUCACUUAUCUGCAGAUUGUCAAAUGGGGUUUAUCUUAAACCCCACCAUUCUUUCCAAAGUGCUUUUUUGUUGAGUGGGAAAAUUUCAUCUUGUUCAUGGUAUUCAGAUAAAGGGGUCUUGCCUUUGGAAGUUCAAUCAGUGAGAAAGAUUUGGACUUUCUCUCCUCUUUGUAUGGGCAGGCGCGCCUGCAAAAUUGCUGGCAGAAAGACUGCUCAGGAUCUUAAGAAGGCAAAGCUUUUCUCAAAAAUGGGGAAGGAAAUUGUUUCUGCGGUUAAGAAAGGUGGUCCCAGUCCAAUAUCUAAUACGGCUCUUGCUGCUCUGAUCGAGAAAGUUAAGGAGCUUGAUAUACCCAAAGACAUCGUUGAGCGCAAUAUUAAGAGAGCUUCAGAAAAGGGACAGGAAUCUUUUAUAGAGAAGAUCUAUGAGGUGUAUGGUUAUGGUGGAGUUGGUAUCAUCAUUGAGGUCUUAACCGAUAAAGUAAACAGGUCAGUGGCAGCAGUUCGAGAGGUGGUGAAGGACUGUGGUGGGAAGAUGGCAGAUCCAGGAUCCAUUAUGUUCAAGUUUAGACGUGCUCGGGUUGCUAAUGUAAAAGUCACUGAUGUAGACCGGGACCAGCUCCUAACAAUUGCUUUAGAUGCUGGUGCUGAAGAUAUCAUUGAACCCUCAAUGUAUGAAUAUGAUACAGAACCAGAUUCAUCUGAGAGUAGGGUUUACAAAGUCGUGUCUUCAGCGGAGAACUAUCCAGUAAUAUUAUCAAAGCUAGAAGAGGAAGGAAUAAAAUUUGAACCUGACAACGGAUCUGAGCUACUUCCUACAACUCCAAUUGAGGUAGAUGAUGAAGCUAUGGAGUUGAACAAAGAACUAAUGUCCAAAUUACUUGAACUUGAUGAUGUUGAUGCUGUGUAUACAGAUCAAAAGUAUUAGGUUAUUAUUCCACUUAACAGUGGCAACACCUAACAGCUGGUUGUUGAGUCUGUUGAAGAAUGAUAGCAACAUUCAGAACAAUAGAAUCCUGUAGUCAAGUAAAUCAUAGUCGGCGCCACCCUAGCUGUUUUACUUCUACAGAGAAUAUACCAAUUUUCUCAUCUUAGGAACGCAUUGCUGUUUGCCCCAAUUUUAUCAAAGGGUUUCAUCUUUCAACUGAUGAAGGAAUCUUUAGAUGCAAUUUUUAGACAUCUUAACCCAACAAUAUUGCUUUCCCAUGUAUUUGUAAAAUGAAUGUGCUUCACCUUGUUACAGCUGUUCUUUAAAAGUACAGUCUGAUGUUGUAAGUCAUAUUGGCAAUAAAAUGCUGUUGGUAUCUCUUAAACAGCUAGUAAAGUGAGAGCUGAGUUGUAGAGUUAUUUGUAUAAGUUGGACUUGAAUUGGAUCUACCAAAGUUCUUAUUUCUUCA